AUGAAAUUAGGGAAAGAUACAGCGAGAGAGGAGCAAGAGACAACAGCAAUGGAGCCGCUUAGCCCGGUUUCGCAGCUGUUUGUUUUACCGGGUCUUUACUGCGUCAUUGUGUUAACUCUAGGGUUUGAAACUAGAUGCAACCGCUCUGCCAUUGUUGAAGGUAUCCAAAACACAUGGAUCAAGCUCCCUCGCUUUUCUAGCAAAGUGGAGAUGAAGAAAAAUGGGAAAGCGGUUUGGGUCCCUGUUACAGUUCGAGUAGAAGAUCAUGUUAUUGUUCCAGAUCUUGACUAUUCCAACAUUGAAAAUCCCGAUCAAUUUAUAGAAGACUAUGCGUCAAACAUUGCUAACGCUCAAAUGGAUAUGUCCAAACCUUUAUGGGAAUUUCAUGUUCUGAAUAUACAAACAUCAAACGCAAAAUCUGUAGGCAUAGGAAAACUACAUCAUUCACUAGGCGAUGGUAUGUCUCUUAUGUCUCUUCUACUCGCUAGUUCACGGAAAGUAUCAGACCCCAAGGCUCCUCCAACUACAACGGCUACAAAAAAACAUGCUGGUUCCAAUGCUAAGGGUUGGUGGUGUAUUAGGAAAUUUUGGUUGAUGAUAAAAAUCAUUUUCACCACUCUCAUGGAAUUGUUCAAGUUUUGGCUUACUAUAUGUUUUAUGCGGGAUACGAAAACUCCUCUCAUGAGUGAGCCGGGAGAUAUAAUUCGACCUAGAAAGUGUAUCCACAGGAUAAUAAGCUUGGAUGAUGUCAAAAUGAUAAAGAACACAAUGGAAAUGAAAGUAAAUGAUGUUCUUCUUGGAAUGACACAGGCCGGUCUCUCAAGAUAUUUGAGCAAAAAAUCUGAUAAUGAUAUGGCGACCGGGAAGGAAAACAUCCGUCUUCGUGGUACAGUAGCUGUCAAUUUAAGACCAGAUACAAAGAUCGAGGAUCUCACUAACAUGGUGGAAAAGGGUUCAAAGUGUAGAUGGGGUAACUUCGUAGGCAUUGUUGUAUUUCCUUUGUGGGUAAGAUCUGAGGAUGAUCCACUAGAAUACGUUAGAAAAGCAAAAUCUACUAUGGAUAUGAAAAGAAUCUCCAUGGAGGCACUAAUACUAUAUGGACUUGUUAAAUAUACCAUGAAGAUAUUCGGGGAAAAGGCAGUAGAAAAUAUUGUCAAAAGGGUAUUUGGUCACACAACAUUAACAUUUUCAAGUGUGAUGGGUCCAAAGGAAAAAGUAAGUCUUUUUGGCCAUCCGAUGUCUUACGUCACAGCAACCGCAUCAGGUGGACCGCAGGCUUUGAUCAUCCAUUUUGUAAGCUACGUAGACAAGAUUAUCAUCAAUCUAGCUGUUGACACAACAGUGAUUCCAGAUCCUCAUCAACUAUGUGAUGAUUUGGUAGAAUCGCUCGAUAUCAUCAAACUUGCUGCCUUGGAGAAAGGAGUUCACAAAAUGGAGGUUUGAGAUAUCAUUUUCAUAUCAGGUGAUAGUGUGAUAGGUUUGAGAUAUCUA